AUGGCCGCACUCCCAGAGACUUACGAUGAUCUACCUGACAAGCGCCGCUACUGGCCAGCUGCGCCUGGAUCUGAAGAAGAAGGCCUGGGCAUGUUGCGUCUUCUAACACCAGAGGUAGUUGCCGAUGCCGCACGAACACAAAUCCAGACCGGUGAGCGCGUAUGCCUCAACUGGGAUCUUGAGAACUUGAGUCCACCAGGAUUCGGCCGCAAACCAUUCGAACACCGCAUCAAAUGGGUCGCAGAAGGCGUUGCAUUCGAUGAUGAAUACCACUUUAACCCUCAGCAAUCCUCUCAAUGGGACGGUCUUCGCCACCACAAUGCACCAGCUCCAACACCAGAAGAUCCCUCUCGUCGCGUCUUCUACGGCGGGACAACAUCCACCGAGGUCAAAGAUACAGAUUCCUCUCGUAUUGGCAUUGGCUUUUGGGCCAAAAAAGGAAUUGCAGGUCGUGGAGUCCUAAUUGAUUACGUCACAUACGCUCAGAAGAGAGGAAUCCCAUUGAACGCCCUAACCCGACAAGAGAUCUCUCUUGACGAGGUAAAAGAGAUCGCAGCCGAGUGUAAUAUCACAUUCCAAAAGGGCGAUAUUUUCUUUCUGCGUGUCGGAUUACCUGAUACCUGGGCUGGUAUGUCAUCCGAGCAACGUCUCGUGUAUAGUCAACAGCCCUUGCCACAGCAUGCAGGUAUCGAGCAGAGUGAGCGGGUUCUGCGGUUUAUGUGGGAUAAUCAUUUUGCGGCGGUUGCUUCUGAUGCUGUGAGCUUUGAGGUUUUCCCGCCUCUGAAUGAGGAGUUUGAUCUACAUCAUCAUCUUUUGGCUGGGUGGGGUGUACCCAUUGGCGAAAUGUUUGAUUUGGAUGAGUUGGCGGAGACUUGUAAGAGGCUUGGGAGAUGGAGUUUCUUUGUUUCAAGUAGUCCGUUGAACUGUAAGAGAGGUGUUUCUAGUCCUCCGAACUGUAUGGCUAUUUUUUAG